CCGGGGAAAGUGGCCGAGAGCUUUCCAGUUACUGCUCCUCCGAGGAGAGCGAGAUCAAUAUCACCAGCGACGAGGAGCAAAAAGAGAAUGGCAGCGCCCUCCUAGCGCCCAGACCUCUCUGGGGGACAGAGCCGCCAUCGGUAGGAGAAGUCGUUUGCUACGUUUGCGGCUCCCUCUUGACGUCUACUUCCCAGCACAGGAUUCACGUGCAAAAGCAGGAGAAAGCCUCUAAGGCGCCUUUCUUCCCCUUCCUGUGGUUGCACAGCCCUCCUCCGGGGGCUUUACCCAUCAGCACCGCUGGUAGCACCUUAGUGUGUUCUUGCUGCUUCGCUUCCCUCAUGCAGCAGUGGCAAAGCUUUGAGUUGGCCAACGUGCCUGUCCUGCAGCGGCUCUAUGUAGUACCUCUGAACGCUGUAGCCCCCAAGGCUAAGAGGGAGACUCUUCCAAGAGAGGAGGUACUGCCUGGACCCCUGCAGCUUCUCCAGGAAGCAUGUUACCUCUGUGGGGAGGAUUGCACCAAGGAUGGCCGGUCAGUCUCUGCCAAGAUCACCAACGGCAAUGCCAAAACAACCAUGCACUUCCCCUUCCUCAGCCUCCUUCCUUGCCCUCCCAAUGCCAAAGGUCUCAACAAGCACUGGGAGGUCCAUAGCUGUCGGAAAUGUUAUGGUGUGCUGCAGGACCUAUGGGCCAUGUACCGGGCUUGCCACAAUGAGGAGUUCAUCACUUCGGUGCAGAGCUUCCUGGGCAGGUAUCACCAGGUCUUUUCAGCUGGGGAGUCCAACAGCAUUGCCCGGCAUCCUGGUUUGGCCAAAGUGGGCUUGGUGUCCAUUUGCUACAUCUGUGGAGCUGAACUGGGAGCAGGGAAGGAGUUUCACAUCAGUGUCAACCCUCCAGGCCGCUUUGGCGAGAAGGAGCCAUUCUUCCCAUUCCUCACAGUUUACCCACCAGCUCCUCGGGCUAGGCCUGUCGAUUCAACUGGAAUAGUGGCCACAUGUGUGCUCUGUUACCAUGAUCUCUUGGGGCAGUGGAUGCAGCAUGAAAGCAACCAUUCCCCCCAUCCAAGCAGCGCCUGGUCCAGGCAGUACAAAGUGGAGACUUUUGUCUGCUUCUUCUGCAGGCAAGAGAAGAAACGAUGCCUUGGAUUAAAAGCGGUGCAAGUUGCCAGGCUGCCAGUGUUCCUGUGCUCUUUACGGGUGCCUAGCAGCUUGCUGGUGGAUGACGGUAAGCAGCUGACCAUCGGAGCAUGCGCUGAGUGUUCCGUACUGGUGCUGGCUGGCAAAAACACAGUGUCCAGAGAUCUCUUUGCAGCACCUGCAAUGGCACCAGCUUCUCUCCAAAAGGCAUCUGCUUUUCCUCUAGAGGCACCUGCUCUGAAACUAGUUGCCAGUGAGGCUGCCCAACGCCCAUCGGGCCCCGUGGAAAGCACAGCUGUGGGGAACGGAGCUGCUCAGGAUUACAGGGCUGGUUUGGAUGUGGACGGUGCAGCUCAAACAGCUACAAGCAUGAGCCAUGAGCCAAAGUCACCUUCUCUAGGAAUGCUUUCAACAGCGACCCGGACUACCGCCACCGUCAGCCCCCUGACCCCAUCUCCUCUCAAUGCCUCCCUUGUGCCCAGUGGCAGCCCGGCAGCCAACAGCACUUUGUCAGUCCAGUCCGCACCCUCUUCCAGCUUUGCCGCCGCCCUGCGCAAGCUUGCCAAACAGGCCGAGGAACCCAGAGGGUCUUCAAUAAGCAGCGAGUCUUCUCCUGUUUCCUCACCGGCCACCAACCACAGCUCCCCUGCAAGCACUCCCAAGCGAGGACCAAUGGGGCCCCUGAUUGUCCCACCAGGAGGGCACAAUGUGCCGAACACACCUCCGGUUGUGACCAUUGCACCCACCAAAACUGUGAAUGGCGUCUGGAGGAGUGAUGGGCGACAGCAAGAAGCCGGGUCACGAAGCAGCGGCGGAAACAGCAGCAGCAACAGGGACCGCCUGAUGACUGAGGCCCCGUUACCCCAGGAGAAAGCCAGUGGCCCAACAGUCCCUUCUCACUUGCUGGGGACGCCUUAUUCCUUUGGGAUCCCUCCGAACUCCAUCGUCCAGGACUCUCGUUUCCCACCUCUCAACCUCCCACGGCCUGUCCACCAUGUGGUGCCUCCCAGCGCAGUCACAGAAGACUACCUGCGGAGCUUCCGGCCCUACCAUACAGCUGAAGAGCUUCGCAUGUCCUCCCUGCCUCCCAUUACUCUGGAUCCAGCCACAGCUGCUGCUUACUACCACCCCAGUUACCUGGCUCACCAUCCUUUUCCUCACCCAGCCUUCAGGAUGGAUGACUCAUACUGCCUCUCAGCUCUACGCUCACCUUUCUAUCCAAUUCCAACUCCUGGUUCACUUCCACCACUUCAUCCAUCAGCCAUGCACCUCCACCUGUCUGGAGUGAGGUACCCCACCGAGUUGUCUCAUUCGUCUCUCUCUGCCCUUCAGUCCGAACGCAUAUCCAGCCUGACAGCAGAGAGGCUGCAGAUGGAUGAGGAGCUGCGGCAGCGGGAGCGAGAGAAGGAGCGAGAACGGGAAGCUGAUCGCGAGCGCGAGAGGGAACGGGAGCGAGAACGGGAGCGGGAGAAGGAGCUGGAACGGGAGCGGGAGAAAGAGAGGGAACGGGAACGGGAGCUGGAGAGGCAGCGAGAAAGAGCCCGGGAGAAAGAGCAGAGCAUUGUCAAAGCCAUGGAAGGCCCCUUCUUACCAGUGUCAGAGUUGCACGGACUGAGGAGUCACCCACCAGAAGAGCGUGUCAAACCAUCUGAGCAGCUAACGCCAAACCGAGCAGAGAAGCCCAAGGACUCUUCUGCUAUCCAGACCCCCAAGCCAGUCCAGCAUCCUUUGCACUUGUCGUCUGCCUCGCACCAUCCCGUGCCCAGCCUCAUUUCCAACCACAGCAUCUUCCCCCUGCCUGGCAGCAGCACAGCCACAGCGCUCCUCAUCCAGCGCACCAAUGAGGAAGAGAAGUGGCUGGCGCGGCAGCGGCGGCUACGGCAGGAGAAAGAAGACCGCCAGUCCCAAGUGUCGGAGUUCCGGCAGCAAGUUCUGGAGCAGCAUUUGGAUAUUGGGCGCCCGCCCGGCCAGAUGGAGGCUGAGCACCGGCCAGAGAACCCCAGAUCGGGACCAAACCGCCCUGAACCAAGUAGUCGAGACCAACCGCAGCAUUUUGGAGGCCCCCCUCCGCUUAUCUCUCCUAAGCCUCAGCACCAUCCUGUCCCCACUUCCCUCUGGAACCCUGUCUCCUUGAUGGACACUUCUGAGGCACGAAGGAUACAGGAAAGCCACCCUCUCCCAAGCCACAGCACCCAGUAUGAGUCCAGUCGGCAAGCCAUCCCCCUUGUGAAGGUCGAGCGGGUGUACUGUCCAGAGAAACUCGAGGAAGGGGCUAGGAAAAGAGAAGCCCUGGAGAAGUUCCAGCCUCCUCGGGACCCUGGCGGGGCAGAGCAUAGUGGCUUUUCCCAUGGGCCCUUCUUAGCAGAACUGGAAAAGUCCACACAGACCAUAUUGAACCAGCAGAGGGCCUCCCUCUCACAGGGUGGGCAGUUGGUUGACAUGAGCUUGAACGCCAAGCCAGGCUCACCCUAUCGGCAUCCAUUACCCAGAAGCCAUGACCCCAUGUAUGUUUACGACGAGUUCUUGCAACAGCACCGGAAGCUGGUCAGCAAGCUGGACCUGGAGGAGAAAAGGCGGAGAGAAGCCCAGGAGAAAGGUUACUACUAUGAUCUGGAUGACUCUUACGAUGAGAGCGAUGAAGAGGAAGUGCGAGCCCACCUGCGAUGUGUUGCAGAGCAACCCCCAUUAAAGUUGGACACCUCCUCUGAGAAACUGGAGUUCCUACAGCUUUUUGGACUGACCACCCAACAACAGAAGGAGGAGCUGCUGACUCAAAAACGGAGGAAACGGCGGAGAAUGUUGCGAGAGAGGAGCCCCUCGCCACCUAGCGUCCAGAAUAAACGCCAGACGCCCUCUCCUCGUUUUGUGCUCUCAACACGUUACAGCCCUGAUGAAAUGAACAAUAGCCCAAACUUUGAGGAGAAGAAGAGAUUCCUUACCACCUUCAAUUUAACCCACAUCACUGCUGAGAAACGGAAAGAUACAGAGAAGCUGGUGGAGAUGUUCCAUGCCAUGAAACAGAAAAGUGCCUCCACAGCAGUAUCAGUGAAAACAUCCCCACGGGACAGUCCUAGUAGCGUCCAACCUGAGCCACAAGUACAGCAAACUGCUGUGGAUUCAGAGAAACCAGUCAGCAUUGCUGCUGCUUCGCUGCCAGACUCUCAGAAGACAGCUGAGCCCAGCAGAAUGGAACAGCUGCGACCGCAUGAGUUUCCAAGGUCCAAGGAGCCGGCUCCUAUCUCUGCAGAGAAGCCUAAGUUGAGCGAUGGGCACAUGGCCAAGAAAAGCCUGAGCAUCCUUAACUAUGUCCGAAGUUCUUUGCCGAAGGACAUCCCUGUGCCGUUAUCACACAGUAUGAAUGGGAAGAACAAGCCAUGGGAGCCCUUUAUAGCCGAGGAGUUUGCACAUCAAUUCCACGAGUCUGUGCUGCAGUCCACACAGAAAGCGUUGCAGAAACACAAAGGAAAUGCAGUGGCACACUCCGCAGAGCAGAACCACAAAGUUGAUGCCUCCAUUCAUUAUAACAUUCCGGAGUUGCAGACUUCAAGUUGGGUGUCUCUGCCACAGCAGAAUGGCCAGAAAGACUCUCAGCAUAAGGGUUUCAUACCCCCAGAGCAUGAAAAGGUCUCUGACUCAGAAGAGGAGGAGGAGGAGGAGGAGGAGGAGGAAGAGGAGUAUCCCAGACCCAAAUGGCAGGGGAUUGAAGCCAUCUUUGAGGCUUACCAAGAACAUAUAGAAGAGCAAAAUUUGGAACGACAAGUGCUGCAAACCCAGUGCAGACGCUUGGAGGCCCAGCACUACAAUCUCAGUCUGACUGCAGAACAACUAUCGCACGCUAUGACGGAACUAAGGAACCAGAAGCAGAAGAUUGUCUCUGAAAGGGAACGACUUCAGGCCGAACUAGAUCACUUGAGAAAGUGCCUUGCGUUGCCUGCAAUGCAGUGGUCUAGAAGUUACUUCAAGGGGUAUCCCAGGUGACACUCCCUUGUACUAGGCCGAACAUAUAGUAUAGAAAUAAUAAUCUAUUUUAUUACCUGGAAUAUUUAAUAUUUUUCACUGGGAGGUUUGAAGCUUAAAAAUAAAAGAGAAUGUGCCAUGCAUGGAGCAAUGGACCGUGGAAUCCAGGAAAAUCCAAACCCAUCUCUUGAAAAGAUGCAACUGAAUCUUUUUAAGCCUGCGAGUAACUUGCUUAGAAGGACUCUAGUUUUGGUUGAAUUUGAAAGGGUUAUUUUCCUUCUGCUUCCUCUUCUGCCUUUUUAAAAUACUGUUUUUAAUCCAGAGAUUCCACCAAUGACACUAACAUCCAUCUCCCGUUGAAGGGGCCGGGAUUAUCUCCAUACAUAUGCUCCUUUUUGUUGCCAUAUAAGUUCAAUUGCUAUACUUUGGAAUCUGCCCAUUUUAUUUCUGAAAUACAGUUUCUCAAUCCAAGAGGAGACAAGGUACACAUCAGUUUUUGUUAGAAUGAACUGGAUAUUUUGGAUACAGAAAUAAUUAUCUGCAGAGUAGUAGACCUAGCAGAAGAAAAUGCAGCUUCCAAACUUGACUUCCCAUGCAUCUAUCAGCUUUUUGCUGGAAAUGCAUUUCACUUGAAAAAUAAAAGUGAAUAAAUAAACUGAAGGUACCUUUUUAUUACUGGGGAGGGGAGGAUGUACAGAACAGUGAUAUACAUACAACACACACAGAUUAUGUACCCCAGUGGGUAGAAUUUUCAUACAAAGAUUUUACAAUUAAAGAGUGAAAAAGGUGCUUCAGCCUUGUACUGUGUAUAUAUUUAAAAAUGUUUUGUAUGUUUUUAUUACUUUAAUUAUUGUUAUAAAAAGCUUGCCAUUUUCAAUAUGUUUCUGCUUUUUUUUCUUUUUGGCAAAAAGAUAGCUUGCUUUUAGUGUUUGUACUGCUGCUGGUCAGGACAUGAAAAAAAUAUUGAAAUGUUUUUUUAAAAGAAUUUUAAGGAAAAAGCUUUCCACUGGGGCACGUGCUAUCACUUAGGCAUUUUGCGAUGCAUAGCACCAGUUUCUGGUACAGUAAAUUCUCCUGCGCAACUGGAGUUUCUUUUCCCCAUUUCCCCCUGCCCUGCUACCCCUUUUUUCUUCAAGCACUUGGAAUACUGAAUGUCAUAUGAUCUGUUGCUAUUGAGAGAAGAUCUUAGGGACUACACUAUCAACGUUAGUGGACAAUAAUUGGCUUUGUUCCUUUAACCAACACCACUUAAAAUCGUAGCACUAGCAGCAUCAAUUAUAUGAGGCUUCCAAAGAAGGAAACAUUAUUCCAAAAACAGCAAACAGUUAAUACAAAGGAAGAAAAAUACUGUGAUCUGUGCCUGAAGCUGUCUGUUUCCAACCUGCUUCAUAUACAGACCCAGUAGCACAGAAGCUACUUCUGGCACAGUGUGACCCUAUUCCACAAGAAUGCAUGUGUACAUGAGACCAUGAGGGUAGAUUUCAUGGGUCUUUCAUACCUGACUGCCAGUGCAGUUUGCAUAGCAUUCAGUUGGCUUACCCACAUGGUCAUGUUAUUCACAUGCCAUGCACUCCUGCAGCAGGAGGGUCACAUACACUAAAAAUAGGUCCCAGGCUCCUAGGUCCAAUGUGUUGGGGGCCCUCAGCCUUGUACUAAACCCAGGUAAAAGAGAUU